GCCUAGGUCAGGAAAAUCCGAUCCGUUCCUCCUGGAAUCCACUCCGGGGUUUUGCGCUCGCAUUCCCCUCUUUGAGCUGCUACUCGGGAUAAAAAAAAAUACAACUGAAAAUAAAGGGGGAGAAAGCGUAUAGACCAUGAUCGCAGCUUUUGGAAAUGAAUACCCCGAAUCCAGCUACCCUCAACCGAACCCGAACACGGUGAUCCAUUCGGAGGGUGCACUCUCCCCCCCUUCCCCCGCGGAAAACGAACCCCUCUUUAUCAGGAACGUCUCGUUCAGGAGGAAUUCGCACACGUCCACCAGCAGCGGCAACCCUGAGAAGAGCAGCACCAAGCCCCUCGUCCCCUCCUCAGCCGGCGCCGCAGCACACAUCAUGACUGCGGGCGAGUUCCUGCCGGCCGCCCCGCUGUACGCUCGCCGCUCUGCGCUCAGCCUGUUCUACAAACUCCUGUGCUUUUUCAUCCUGACCCUCCAGGGCGGCGUUCUGGAUUUCUACCUGAUCGUUUUUACGGAUCUCUACUGGUGCUCGUGGAUCGCCACGGACCUGGUGGUCAUAACGGGCUGGGGGAUCUUUUUCCUGAAGAACGCCAGGAGCAAGCGGGAGCGAGCCUGCAGCCUCCACCUGCAGCAGGGCGCCCCAUUCUACGGCUCCAACCUCGGCGAGUUCACCUUCGCCUACCUGGCCUGGCUCAUCUACGUGAUCGCGUGCACACCCAAAAUGGUGCUGAUCCUCGAGACGUCCAUUCUGGACCUGAUCGAGCUCAAGGUUCCCCUGGGGAUCACCGGCUUCAAAAUCACCGUGACGCUCUCCGCGCCUCUGCUCUACUGCCUGAUCAACGCCAUCAGAGAGGACUCGACCGGAGCAACGCGCUACUACUCCCACAGCUGCUACGCGAGCACCUGCCUCGAUCUGCUGGACAGCUUCACCUUGAUCGAGCUGCUGCUGACGAACGAGAUCCCGACCGUCUAUCUCAAGUACACCGUGAUCGCGGUCUAUUUCCUGGCGCUGAGCGUGCCGGUCCUGUGGCUGUACGAGCUCAACUCGACGCAGCUGGAGUGCAAGUGGAUCUGGGCGCGCUUCUUCUCCGGGGUGCUGGUCAACGCGCCCCUCCUCGUGGUGCGCUAUUUCCUCGUGUAUGUCUACCAGCUCCCGGUGUCUGUCUUCAUGUUUAAGAACAUUUUCUUUCUGGCGUGCCGCUGCCUGGAGCUGGCGGAGCAGUGCGCCAAGGUGAAGGGAGCUCAGAAGUACACAGCCGGCAAACCCGGGCACUUCACCCACUGCAUCUCGGAGAACGACGUGAUGUGCCCACACGGAUAUGCCAACACGCUUGGCGUCACUGCUGAGAAUUAAGAGCAGCUCUUUUUUUAUUCUGGAAGGAUCGGGGUUUUUUUUAUAGUCGGGGAGGACCACACUGUUUUCCUUGCAGUCUCGGGCCAUUUCUAUUCCGGUCUCAAACUGAAGAGGUGCUCAAACAGGACAGCUGCCGUUUCUGGUGGAAUUAAACUGACAGCCCGGUCCUGACCAACGCGCUUAGUAGCAGGACUGAAAUCACAUCACUGUUUUGUAUUUACUGCUGUGAAUGAAGUUGGUACGAUUGGUAUGUAUGUAUGUAUGUAUUCAGUGUGUGUGUGUGUGUGUUUGCACUCGCAUAGUAAUGUAUAGCCCCCGAGAGUUCACAGUGGUGAAUUUGCACAAUCAUUUAGCAGCCAUUGGUGUGGUUUUGCCAGUUCAUCAUUAUUGAUAGCAGCAGUGCACGCAAGAAAUGCAAUGUUUAAAAACGUAGUCAUUGAUCCAUUUUGAAUACAUUGAAUUCAAGCUUGUGCGUGUCCAUGUGCGUGUGCGUGUGCGUUGGAGAUGGUUCUCCCUCUCUUGGUUGCAGGUUUAAGCACACUAUGCCCCCUCAACCUUCUAAUGCGAAUACAAUACCCUUAGCCCAACCAUUUGAAUCAUAGAGGACCUCGUUGUCUGUCCUUCUAAAAAUAAGCCUCUCAGCAUUUUGCACCGUGGUUUCGUGCUUGCUAUACCAAGACCGUUUAAUUCCUCACUAAUAAUGUGCACUGCCUUUGUCCUAGGUCUGCGUCAUUCAGUCAGUGUGUGUGUGCGUGUGCGUGCGUGCGUGUGUGUCAGUGCAACACAAAGUAAUGCACAAUAGGGCUAGGUGUAAGUUAAUGCACACUAGGGGGCAGACUUCUCAAGGUUUCUCUCCAAAAUGCACUUUGGAACCAGGAAAAGCAGACUGUUAAUUUUACAAAAAUCGCAGAGUUGCGUGCAGCGUUCAAGGACUCUGUGCGUCUAAGCUGCUCGCUAAUAGUUUUCUUUUUAUAUUAACGGUUUUGUGGAAAUGGCACUUGGGUUUGAUUUUAAAUGGCGAAUGAAUAUUACUCACUAUUGGUUUAACACGGAUUGUUACCGUGGCCCUUCAGUUCAGAUCGUUAAGCUUGCUCUAAACGAGAUCCCCACUUCAACACGAUCCCAUCUUGGUUGGUGCUGCAGUGUCUUUCUCAGCAGAAAGGAUGUUUUUAUUAGUGCAGUUUGAUUGAUGGUACUACCUUCUGUUUCACUGUGAGGUGUUUUUUUUUUUUUUAAGAUUUACUUAAGAUUUAAUAGCACAAAAAUACAGCAAGGCAAAAAAAUAAACAAAAACAAAACCCAGUACUUGGUCAGGGUAAGAAGAGCUUUUUAAAAUGUUGGUGCCAUAAUAAUUUCAACAAUCAUUUAAACACAUACUGUACAGCUGAUGUCAAACCAGCCAAGGUGCUCACAGACUUGUUCUGAUUUAAACUACAUACAACUGAGCAGGGUUAGAAACUCACACUAGCCCUGCUGCUGCUGCUGCAUUGUCCUGGGCUUCAGAGCUCCCCUCAAUGAAGUCUAUUAUUAUUAUUAUUAUUAAUAUUGAAAUGAUCAGGAGUUUGAGUAGGGUUAGAAACUCACACUCGCCCUGCUGCUGCUGCACCUGCACCGUCCUGGGCUUCAGAGCUCCCCUCAAUGAAGUCUAUUGUUAUUAUUAAUAUUGAAAUGAUCAGGAGUUUGAGUAGGGUUAGAAACUCACACUCGCCCUGCUGCUGCUGCACCGUCCUGGGCUUCAGAGCUCCCCUCAAUGAAGUCUAUUGUUAUUAUUAAUAUUGAAAUGAUCAGGAGUUUGAGCAGGGUUAGAAACUCACACUCGCCCUGCUGCUGCUGCUGCAUUGUCCUGGGCUUCAGAGCUCCCCUCAAUGAAGUCUAUUAUUAUUAUUAUUAAUAUUGAAAUGAUCAGGAGUUUGAGUAGGGUUAGAAACUCACACUAGCCCUGCUGCUGCUGCACCCAGUCUGGAGUUCAGAACUCCCCUCUAUGAAGUCUCUAAAUGGUAGAGUUUAUUUUACAGCUCACACUCCUAGCUCACGAUCAUGAAACCAAUGCACUUGGUUAAGGGCACUGAAGCCCAGGCCUAGGUGCAGGACUAGUUUGACUUUAUGAGCCCAGCUCCUGCUCACAGGUGGCUAUUUCUAAGGGGAUUCCAGAAAAGUCUCCUUUGCGAUUGAAUGAAAUUGCUCACUGAAUCUCUUUAGUCUCAUUACUAUCAAUAUUUUUUAUUUAUUGAUUAUUAUUUUUUGUACAUGGUCGUAUUAUUUCUGUAAAUGUGUUUUAAAAGCAGAGUUUCUCUGUAGGUGUUUGUUUAGUGGUUUUAUUGCAGCCUCAAUUCUGCUGCCUGUUUGGAGGGUUAACUGUUUUACAAUAAAGUGUGAAGAGUUGGGA